UUCCAUCCGGAUCAUUCCUGAGUGAGAGUUUCUGCUGUUGUUACUGAAGUAUUUUAUGUUCAGAGUGGAAUAACUUUCAUUAACGGAGAUAUAUUGAUGAUUUUUUUACCGAUGGAGUUAAAAACGCAAGAACUGAAAGAUUCUCCGUUUUCUAUCAAGAACCUGCUGAACAAACCGGACAAACCGAACCCCGUCCGGACCGCUCACAUGAAUCUUUCUGAUCUCAGUUUUCUGAGGUUCGGAUCCUGGUGCUGCCCGACCGGACACCCGAACACACCCGCAGAUCGGACCCGAGACUCACUGAAAUCAGAACCGGAUGAUCCGGAUCAUAAAGACGAGGAGGAGGAGGAGGAGGAAGAGGUUGUUUUGGAGGAAAGCGAUUCAGACGAGCAGAAAAGAGAAGAACUCUCAGAUAAGAAACUUUGCCGGAAGAAAAAGACCCGAACCGUGUUCUCCCGCUCUCAGGUGUUUCAGCUGGAGUCCAUGUUCGACAUGAAGCGGUACCUGAGCAGCUCCGAACGGGCCGGACUCGCCGCGUCGCUCCACCUCACUGAGACUCAGGUGAAAAUCUGGUUCCAGAACCGGCGGAAUAAAUGGAAGCGACAGCUGUCGGCCGAACUGGAAGCCGCGAACCUCAGUCACGCGCAGAGGAUCGUGCGCGUGCCCAUCCUGUACCACGAGCACGCGGAGAGCGCGCGCGCUGCUGGUCUGACCCUCACGCACGCGCUUUACUACCCGCAUCCUCUGAUCAGACCCGUGUGAUGAUGAGCGCCGUUAUUUAACGCAGAGAGGACUCGAUCCUGGAGCUCUAGGUGCUAUGGCGUAGUGUUUACACUGUGCUUUAUGUUGAGCUGAGAACUUGAUCAAGACACCGAACCUCCAGAAGAUCAUCAUGCACGAGCAGAUGACACCUGAUUUAAUGUCUGUAAAAAAGAGAAAGUUAAGCUAUUAAAGUUAUUACAUCUUGUUUAUUGAAGAAUUGUUUUUGCGCUUUGUCACCCAGCCACUGCUGUUUAUUAUUAUUAUUAUUAUUAUUAUUAUUAUUAUUAUUAUUAUUAUUAUUAUUAUUAUUAUUAUUAUUACCCCAAAUGUUUUUGUCU